UGCUAAUCUCACAUAAUAUGCAAAGCUUCAACCACCUCAGAGGCUGGAUAAAGAGGCAAACUAAUCUGUCCUGUGUCGACAGAGAAAGUUUUUACAUUAACAUUUAACUUCUUUGAUGCGACUGCCGAUGACUCCAUUAUAGCAUGGUUCAAUAACAAGUGGGCGGAUGGAAGACUAGACUGUCCGUGAAAAACCCCUGAAGUGAACAUUUGAACGCACACAAAUCGCUCGGAGUUUGGUAAUAGACAAGAAAAAACAAGUAUUUCGGGCAAGGCAAUUUGUUUUUCUGAUGUGGGUUAUCCUUACCGGAGAUAAUCUACCUGAGGUACCUGUUGAAGCUCAUUGUCACCGGUCUAGCCUUUUGAAAACAUCUGGACUGAAGCCAUGAGUGCUCCAAAAGGAUGCGGUUCCAGCAUCAGCUCUAUAUACUACAACCUGUGUGACCUGACUACGGUGUGGGGGAUUGUGGUGGAGGCUGUUGCUGCUGCUGGUGUGGUGACUUCCUUUGCUCUGUUUGUCAUCCUCAUGGCCAGUCUACCUUUUGUGACAAACAGAAAAAGGAAGGGUAUGGUGGCCCUGCAGGCGAGUGUUCUAGUCUUCACUGUGGGACUCUUUGGACUCACUUUUGCCUUCAUAGUGAGUCAGUACUCCACCGGCUGUGCCACACGGAGGUUCCUCUUUGGAGUGCUGUUCUCAGGCUGUCUAGCCUGCCUGUUGAUGCAUGGGCUGUGGCUCGUCCUGCUGGAGCGGAGAGGCCGGGGGCCCAGGGGCUGGAUGUUAUGCCUGGGAGCUCUGGGUCUGUGGCUGGUUGAGGUGAUCAUUAACACUGAGUGGCUUAUCAUCACUGUAGUCAGGACACCCGCUGGAGGCGACACUGACCUGUCCUGCAGCAUUGAAAACAUGGAUUUUGUGAUGGCUCUGAUCUAUGUGAUGGUUUUGCUGCUAGCUGUGGUGGUGAUGGCUGUGCCUUCACUAACACACAAGCAAUGGCGCCGAGAUGGAGCUUUCAUCCUGAUGACGGGGCUCUUCACCUUGGCUAUCUGGGUAGCUUGGAUUGUCAUGUACAUCCAGGGGAACAAACUGACCGGGAAUCCCAGCUGGGAUGAUCCUACUCUGGCUGUAGCUGUGGUGUCAAACGCCUGGGCAUUUCUGUUCCUUUACACGAUCCCAGAAAUCUGCUUAUUGACACAGGAGGACCCAGAACAGGAGCAGCCCGAUGAUGAAUACCACAUCUACCCUGCCAGGAGUCUGGUUUUCGACAACAUCCUCAGGGAGCCGGAGCCACCUCGUCAGAAUGUGUCCAUGGACAAUAAAGCUUUUUCUGUGGACGAGCCUCCAACAGUACCCACAAAGCCAGCAUCUCCAUACGGUGCUUACGAUGGUCAGCUACGAAGAUGUGUGUACCAGCCUACUGAAAUAGCCCUGAUUGCAAAGGGUCUGACAAAGAUGGACCACAAUAUGAUGAUCCCUCGGGCCACAGUCCACUCUCUGAAUCCAGGAAGUGGCAACUCCCUGCCUCAUUCAGCAGAGUCCCUACCAUCUUAGAACUCUUGCACACAGGCAGACUGAGUUAAGCACAUUGCACUGUCACCUACACACAGUUUGCCACAGCUGCUGUCUAAUAAAUCUCCACCUGUGGUUUGUUUUAUUCCGUUUACUCUGUUGUUUGUGCGCUGCUUGGUAUGUAUAAGGGCUGGACAUGGAUAGUUUAUAGGGGUUAAACUGUAAGGUCUAGACUUUACCUUGUAAAGUGUCCUAAGAUGAUUGUUGUUGUGAAUUGGCACUAAAACUGAAUUGAACUUAAUUUUAUUCACAAACUAAAAGUUGGAAUUGUGUUAUCACUUCUUUUGUCAUAAAUCACAUGCCUGUAGUUUGUUAAUCUGUUGGCUGUAGCAUUAUAGACUUUGCUAGUAGGGGUGGGAAUGUUUACAAAUUUUCAUAAAGGAGUACUGGCAGAUUUUUGACAGCGUGCACACGUUUACUUUUUUCCAUAGGGUAGCCCCAAUACCCAGGAUAGGAAUUACAUAGGAAUUACAGCCAACUGUUAAUAUGAAGAAGCCGUGCUCCACGCUGGAGACGGUCUCACAGCCGGCUGCACAUAAAGACCAGCUUGUCCAGCAUGGAGCACGGCUCGUUUUGAUCAAGCUUAAGUUACAUAAUAAGUUAUAUGAGCAGUGGCGCCUGCAGCAAUCCUGUAAGCACCGUGCGCAUCUUUGCUCAAGUAGGCCACUGCGUCUGGCGUUCAUUGUCUGAUAUAGUACAUAGUUUCAAAUGUAUGGCCCGAUCUAAUACGAUAUCAUACACCCCUCAAGUGGAUCGUAUCCUUUCUAAUCACUAAGCCCUGCGCAGCUGGUGUGCGUAACAGCAGCCACGCUGACUGAACCUGUUGUCAGUGAUGUCUGAAACAUAAUCGGGACUUGUGCAGGGUAUUUGCUCAUCAGCUACAUUUAUGGGUUAUUUUGUGGGCUAAUUAUUGUGCUAUAUUUAAGUCUGAUCAGUAAUUCUCAAGCACCGACUGGAGCGCACCUCCCAGGCGCAACGCUGGUCAUUGUGCGGAAAGUUGGAGGUGUUGACGACAGAGGCUGUUGAACUGAAUGAGCGCGCUGCUCAAAGCCAGUGUGCGCGUUGCACUCUGUCCAAACUGUGCAGGGCUCACGUUAUGAGAAAAUACAGUAGUCAUUCAUGAUAACGAGAAAAAUCAGGUUUCACGUGAACUUAUCAUAAAACGAGAAAAGUAUCAUGUUAUAACGAGAAUGGCUUCUCAUGUACACCAU